AUGGUCUACAGUGCCAAAUGGUCUACAGUGCCAAAUAGUUUACAGUGUCAAAUGGUCUACAGUGCUGCAUGGCAACUUGGAGCUGCAGGGUGCAAGCGCGUGCUUGGGCCAUACACCCCGAGGGUUGCACUUCCCUUUGAUUCGGAGACUCGGCGAGCGCCAUGCCCCCCCUCGGGGACGAGGUUGCUGCAGGCGAGGCUGCGCAGCAAAAGACAGAUGCUAUUCAGGACGUCCAAACAGAAAGCGGUCUUUGGAUCUGGAGCCCGCGCAGCGAGCCCCUGGCAGGAAGAUAAUUCGGCCUCGACGGCGCAGCGCAGAGCGCCACCCCUCGGCUUGGAGCUGUCUGCUUCGGCACCCGCCACCUUGCCACGCGAAAGCAGCAAACCGACGGGACUUGAACAUGCCGCUUCCAGGCAGUGUCCUCGCCUUUUCCUCUGCGUGUUUUUGCCUUGCUAG